AUGGCCGCUGUUCCUCCUUUCUUCACCGUACACGACGACAUGGUCAUUUGCGGCAUUGACAACGUCACCCUCUUCCAAGGACGCACACAAGCCGAGAGAAUUGCUUACGAAAUAUUCUCGGACGAUUUCACCACGACGAUGGACAGCACCAUUGACGAACUAAACGAAGAGUUCAAGACCCUCGCAGGAUUGACGAUUGCGCAAGGACAGAUACGCUUAAUGCCAGCUAUCAAAAAGAACAUCCGCGCAUUCAUCCAAUGGUGCAGAGACGAGUUUUGCAUGGGACGAUACCCUACCACAACGCCAUUCCCCGUCGUUGAUGCAGCCAAACUGCUCAUACGCAUGAAAACACACGAACAAUACGUGUAUGGCUCCAAGUUGAUGUCGCAACAAGCACUACCGCAAGAUUUCACCAACGAUGUCCAAUGGGAAGAUUGGUGCCCAACGUUCGAAAAUUACCUUUGCACCAUACCAGGAAGAGACGGUGUGCCACUAAGCUACAUUGUGAGAAUGAACAAUGCAGGAAUGCUCACCCUGCACAAAGAUUUCUUGGAAAUCUACAUCAACAUGGCACCACACGUUGGCGAAGCAUACGUCAUGGAUAAUGCCAAAGUACUAGUCCUUCUCAGCAAGUCUAUCGUGGGGAAUACCGAAGCUGAAGCAACCCUCCAAGCCAUCAACAUUGCAGGCAAUGGAAGAGAAGCAUUCAACCCACUACGUACCCACUAUGAAGGCGAAGGGAUACUAGCCAACGACAUUGUCGAAGCUGAACACACCAUCAAAGAACUGUUUUACGUUGGCGAAAAACCAAAAAUGAACUGGUCCAUGUUUGAACGAAUGCUAAAGAAAGCGUAUGCAGCAUGCGACAAACAUGAGGGGAGAGAAGUCCAUUCAGACGCAAUGAAACUGUGUAGCCUACAAAGCAAGGUUACAGCACCAUUUCUACAACUGAACAAGACGGCAAUUGAUACGGAAAUUGGCAAAAGACCGAUGUUGAUGACUUUCACGACGGCAUUACGAAUCUACCGAACUGCAGUGAGAGAAAAGUUUCCCCAGGGAACCAGCAAUGCAACCGAUAGGGGACGAUACUUGGGCGAAACUAGGGCUGACAACGAUCGCGACAGAAGCAGAAGCCGAAACGAUGGAGGAGGCAACAAACGUCGCGACGAAGAAGAAAUUACUCUGAGUAAUGGAGAGAAGAUCUGGUACCAUCCUAGCUACCGUUUCUCUCGGACACACCUACAAGUGUUUACCAACAAACAACGUGAACGCAUGGCGAGGGAAAGAGCCGCAUACAGAGAAAGUCAAGGAUUGCCAGCAAGAAGAGCAACAGGACAAGCCGCACAAACGCAACAAGUGGAAACGCAGCUGGCGGAAUUGCGAGCCGAAGUAGCAUCGAUUAGAUCCAACAACGUACCUGCUACAAUUCCAGCCAAAGCAGCCACGCAGAUAUCACAAGUGACUAUGGGAACGACUGGAACUACAGCAAUGGGCGGACGCAACCAACAGGCAAACAACCAACAGGCAAGCGGUAGGACCUGA